UUGAGUCAUUUCGCAUAAUUUUAGUCUAUUUACAACAAAAGGCAACAUUCAAAGAUGUUCUCAAGGAGCUCACAGUUCGACAAGUAUUUAGAGAAAGCAACUAGUCAGCUAUUACUUGAGCCGGACUGGGAUUCAGUGUUACAGAUCUGUGAUGCCAUAAGACAGGGUGAUGUUACACCAAAGAAUGCAAUAGCUGGUAUCAAACGGAAGAUCACAGCAGACAAUCCUCAUGUGGCUCUUUUUGCACUGCAGGUGUUAGAAUCAUGUGUGAAGAACUGUGGAGGUGUAAUUCAUCAGGAAAUUGCCACAAAAGAGAUGAUGGAAUUCUUAAAGGAUCAAGUUAAGGCAAGGCAAGAUCCUGUCAAGGCAAAAAUCCUUGAGCUGAUACAAGUGUGGUCUCAUGCUUUUCGUAAUGAGCCUGUCUAUAAGGUUGUACAGGACACAUUCCACCUGAUGAAGAUGGAAGGUUACACCUUUCCCACCCUGAAGGAGGCAGAUGCCAUGUUCACUGCAGAAAAGGCUCCAGAGUGGAAGGAAGGAGAUGUGUGUAACCGUUGUAGGACUAAGUUUGGUACAUUCAACAGACAGCAUCACUGUAGAAACUGUGGAGAGGUAUUUUGUUCAAAAUGUUCCUCGAAAAACUCCAUCAUCCCUAAAUUUGGAAUUGAGCGAGAGGUUCGUGUCUGUGAUUCCUGUUUUGACAGCAUCAACAAACCCAGUGCAAAGAAAAGUGAGGGUGGGGAAGAUGAUCUACCAGCAGAGUACUUGGCAAGUCCCCUGUCUAAACAGCCACAGGUAGUUCCUCAGCAAAAGACUGAUCAAGAAAUACAGGAAGAAGAAGAACUACAGCUGGCCAUCGCUCUGUCUCAGAGUGAGCAUGAGAACAAGGAAAAGGAGAGGUCACGUCUGAGGAAAAACUACGGCCUGUACAGUGGCAGUACUAAUGACAGACCAGCAUCUCCAGCCUCUGAGCCAAAGGUCCAAACCACGACUGUGUCAGCACCUAUGAUAGACACAUCAGAUAUGGAUCCAGAACUUGCUCGCUAUUUGAAUCGUAAUUAUUGGCAACAGCGAUCAGAAGAAAAUAAAAAUCAAGCUCCCACUACCCAGCCCUCGGCCCCAGUGGUGGCUGCAGAACCUAAAACAUCAGGAGGAAAAAUCCUUGAGUCCUACCAGAAUGGAGAAUCAGAGGAUGACCAGGAACAGUUUCUACGAGCUCUUCAAAGUAGUUUGGAAAUCUUUGUGAACCGUAUGCGUAGCAAUUCUCAGCGCGGUCGUAGUAUUGCCAACGAUUCAUCAGUGCAGUCCUUGUUCACAGUCAUCAGUAAUAUGCAUCCCCAGUUGAUGAAGUAUACUCAAGAACAGGAGGAUCUCAGAGCUCACUAUGAGUCUCUCCAGGACAAAUUGGCUCAGCUUCGUGAUGCACGAGAGGCCCUGAAUGCCCUGAGGGAUGAGCAUCGUGAGAAGAAAAGACGCGAGAUGGAGGAACUGGAAAGACAGAGACAGAUCCAAAUGGCACACAAACUGGAAAUCAUGAGACAGAAAAAACAUGAGUAUCUAGAGAUGCAACGACAGCUGGCAUUACAGCGACUGCAGGAACAAGAAAGGGAAAUGCAGAUGAGAUUUGAGCAGCAAAAACAUCUUACUCAGAUGAGACAAUACCAGAAUUAUGGUUACCCCCAGGUCCCACAGCAGUAUGGCCAUGUGCCACAGGUAACAGGAAUGAUGCCACAAGGACCUGGCAUGAUGCAGCAAGGGAUGCCACCACUACAGCAAGGGAUGCCACCUGUUCAGAUGCAGACAGGGAUACCCCCAGGAGCCAGCCAAGCUUUCAGUCCUGGAGGAUCACUGGAUGGGUCCCCAGUGCACCAACUACAUCAACAGCCACAAAGCUAUGCCCCCCAGGGAGGCAUGGUCCCAGGUGGUGCUUCAAACAUGGGUGUGACCCCAGGAAGUAUGGCACAAGGACCUAUGGGUCAAGGUAGUAUGGGUGGAGCACCCAAUCAGAUGGUAUCUAGUCAGCAGCAGAUGUACACCCAGCCUGCUUCACAGCCGGGGUACAGCCAGGCUGGAGCCCCUUAUCAGGCAAUGGCCUCAACUCUACCAACAGCUAGUAUGUCGGGGACUUAUCAGGAUCCUAGCAUGACUGGACAAAACUACCAACAGCCUCUCCAGUACAACCCCACCUCUUCCCCUCCUAACAGUCUGCCAUCACAGGGAGGCAUGGUGGUGAACCAAGGAUACAAUGCACCUCCGGCCCAGAAUAUAGAUUACCAGGCAUUCAACAUGCAGGGCAUGGCUAGUGCAUUGCCUUCCCAGACUCAACAGCAGAUGUACAACCCACCACAGCAAUCACAAUAUGUGGGAGGAGCCCCAGCUCAUCAUCCACAGAGCCAGUACCAGCAGGGGGUUCAACCACCACAGAUGGCGCAAGGGGGUCAAGCUGCCCCUUCACAAGCACCCCCACCAGUGCAACAGGCAGAAGGAGAACUGAUCUCCUUUGAUUGAAUCAUGCAAAUUGUUCAGCUUUUGUUUACUUUCUUGUGCCAUUUGCUGGUACUCACGUCAAAAACAAACCAGUAAUUGGUUUUCUACUUUCAUUUUCUUUUCUUCACGCAGUUCAGACAGUAGGGAUGUGUUGUGAUGUGCAAGUACAAGCUUUAAAAGUCUAUUAUAAAGCUUAUUUUACAAUUUCUUGACAUUUUGCAUUGGAAAAUUUCUUGGCAGAACAUUUGAAACUUAUUAUUAUAGUGUUGUUUGCAUAUGUCAUACAUGUUUAAAGAAUUGAAGCAAAUAUAAUAUUUUUUAACAAGUAUUCAAUUGUAUUUAACACUAAACUACACUAAAACAAAAUACUGGCAUUAUUAUUUUAGAGCUUCAGUGUAACUGUUUCAGUGAUGCCUGAAACUAUUGAAUCAUGUAUGUUAACAACAACGAAUACUACCAACAUGAAAGUGCUCAUAUUAUAGGAACGGCUUACUUUUCUGUAUAGACCGUAAUGUUCUUGCUGUGAUUGGAAAUGUCUUGUCUGCUAUGAAUGUUUGUAACAGAAAUCACAUCUUAUUACUGAAUAAUCAUUUGACAUAAACUAUGGAAAUAAGGCUUAUUGGUGGAUGAAUGUAAUGCAUGUUACAGGAUUGUAUAUAUUUAAAGUAAAACUUUUUCAGGGCUUUAUAUUGAAUGAUUGUUAUAGAGCUCUACACUGCCUACUACAUUUGAUUUAAUAUGAUUUAGAUUUCACCAAUUAUUUUAAGAAAUUGAAUUCUGUUUCGAAUGAUAAUGAAUGUAAACUGUUACUUUCUUGCUUUUGAAAUACAGUAUACAUUAUUUUGUAAAUACCAGACAAAAUAUAACACACAAAAUAUAUUUCGAAUUGACUCAAGUUUGCUGUUUAGAUGUCAAACUUGUAUAAGGGUUUACUGCAAAAAAGGUCUUUUUUGAAAUAAUGAGGAUUUGAAUAUUGGACAAGGAUAUAAAUAAUGGUCAUGUGACUUGUAUUAAGUAAUUGCCAGAUUCUCAAAUAAGUUGCAUACAGGAAAAGAAAUAACCAUUUGGUAUUUUAAUCAGUCAAGUGUAUGAGUAUAUAUUUUUGUUUUGUCGAUCACAAUAUUGUGUUAUUUAAGUGCACAUGUUAUAAUUGUUAAUAAUAAAAGCAUUAUAAAUUAA